AUGGGCCUAGCGAUCUUCGAACUGGGCGGUGCUGCUGCGGUCGGCUGUCUCCUCAUACAUGAAGUCGACGCCGCAGGCUCAGCCAAAGCGGAAGGUCGCAUGGCACGAGGCGAUGUUGAUGCUCAGGAUCUGGCUGCCUUGGGCCACGAGCAGAUGCUCACCCGGAAAUCCAGCCUCGUGAGCAUGCUUGCCAUGGCCUUUUGCGUCCUCGGAAUCUGGGCCGUCUUUGCGCAGAACCUGUCCGCCGCCCUCGAAACCGGAGGUCCCGUCAGCAUCUUCUGGGGCAUCCUCCUCGUUCUCUUCUGCAACGUUUGCAUCGCCGUGUCCCUGGGCGAGAUGUGCAGCAGCAUGCCCACUGCGUUGGGCCAGGCAUACUGGUGGGCCCUGACGGCGUCGCAGAAUGCCUUCAUGACCGAGCUUCUCCUCAGCAUGAAGGUCAUUUUCGAUGUUGACUGGCCGUGGGCGACCCGUGGCUGGACCCUCUUCCUGGUUUACAUUGCCAUCACUCUAUUCUUCAACGGCUUCAACCUGAUUGCAUGCCGUAGCGAUAAGACGCUACCUUCCUUCAACAAUGGAGUCGGCGUUGGCUUCGUCGCCCUCUUCGCCGUCAUCAGUUUGGCACUACUUAUCUCGGUUGGGACGAAACCAGACUUGGAAUUUCAGCCAGCAUCCUUCGUCCUGGGAGGUUGGACAAAUACGACUGUCUGGUCCGAUGGAGUGACAUGGCUUGUCGGUCUCAUCCAGUCAGCAUAUGGUCUGACUGCUUUCGACGCCGUCAUCCACAUGGUCGAGGAGAUGCCGUCGCCCCGUCGCGACGCCCCGAAAGCCAUGUAUCUCGCCGUCAUCUGUGGCGCUGCCUCGGGGUUCAUCUUCAUGUUGGCCACGCUGUUCAGCAUCCAAGACUUCGACAUGGUCCUCAACACACCCACGGGCUUCCCCUUCAUCCAGGUCCUCGAAGACGCCCUAGGCCGAACAGCAGGCACCGUGCUCGUCGCCCUCUUCAUCGUGAACGGCUUCGGCCAGGGCAUCAGCGUCAUGACCUCGGCGUCGCGGCUGACCUGGGGUUUCGCCCGCGACGGCGGCCUCCCCUGGGGUUCGUACUUCUCCCACGUGGACCCGACCUGGAAGGUGCCGGCGCGCGCCCUCUGGCUGCAGUGCUUCAUCGUCUGCCUCAUCGGCGUGCUCUACACCUUCGCGUCGACGGUCCUCGAGGCCGUGCUCGCCGUCAGCACCAUCGCCCUGACCAUCUCGUACGCCAUUCCCAUCUCCGUCCUGCUCGUCGUCGACCGCGACAAGCUGCCGCCAGGAAACUUCUCCCUCGGCCGGCUCGGCCCCGUCGCCAAUUGGGUGUCGCUCGUCUACUGCGCCGUCACGACCGUCUUCUUCUUCUUCCCCAGCUCGCCCAACCCCUCGGCCACCGACAUGAACUACGCCAUCGCCGUCUUUGGCGUCAUGCUGCUCGUUUCCUUUCUGUUCUGGGUCGCCAGGGGGCGGGUCACGUACCUCCGCACCCAGGGCUCGGCGGAGCGUGACGUACAGGCCCGGCGUUGGGAGAUGGAGAGCUAUGACGGGCUCGCGGUGGCCGAGAGCCAUGCGCUGGCCACAAAGUCGAGCCAUGUCGGGUUAGCCAAAGCUCGCGACUGA